GAAUCGUCAUCUUGUAAUUAUAGAGCAUGCUUCUUCGUCCUUCAGCACUUGUAUCAAAAACUUUGCGGCAUACAUCCAAUGACAUGCGUUAUGUAGAACGCAUGCGACUUCUUGAGUACUGGGGAAUCAAGGAUGCUGCACUGACGAGCGAGUUCCGACGGUCUCAAUUUUUGGUGAUGGUUGAUCGAAAGCCUUUAGUGCGGAAGAAAGGCGCAUCAAUCCAACUUGCAUGUCAUAGUUAUCCAGAACUACAAAGAAGCUUAGGAGAGUACGGUUUUUCUUUUGACACAACAAAUAGCUGCUUGUUGGAUGCUAUCGAAGGACCGAAUAAUCUGAUGAUCCCUUUGCUUGGCACAUCGCUGAAAGCUGUUGAACCGCCAGAAGAUUCGCCCGUGCGAAAAGACGACGUUCUUCGCGAACUUGCGAAAAGUCUAAAUGCUCAGUUUAUGGACAUGAGGAUGGCAAUGUUGGGACUUACAGAUGAAAAGGAUAGGAACAUUCUAGCAAAGUUUCAAUCGCUUAGUCGGUGGUACAAAACCUAUCUUCGAUGUCCAAAAUGCGGAUCUCCAUUACAUAUGCGGGUUAGCAAGGCAGGUGCUAACUGUCUCAUGUGUCCGCGAGUCUAUUAUCCUACGUGUUCUCCAGUAGCAAUAACGCUUGUAGCAGAUCCUACUGACUCGUAUGCACUUCUAGUUCGCCACAAAGCCUCAGCUCCCGGAGUUUAUACAGCUGUGGCAGGAUUUGCACAGCCCGGCGAAUCCCUGGACGAAUGUGUCAGGAGGGAGAUAGCUGAAGAGAUUGGUGUACCCGUUUCAAAAGUAGUCUCGCUUCAACGCAGUCAGCCAUGGCCAAUGCCUAAUUCAUCGUUAAUGUGUGCUCAUUAUGCCGUAACUGAGAUGUCUUAUAAGAUUGAUGCCGCCCCAAGUGAACUGGAAUCAGCACGUUGGUUUUCCAGAGAUGAGGUUGCCGUCGCACUAAAAAGGACACUGGAUGAUCCUUUCUUGAAGGGCAUCCCUAGGGAUAUAAACGAACGGCAAGAGUUACAUUAUAUCCCUCCACAAGGUGCCAUUGCCCAUCAGAUGAUUCGAGCAUGGGUAGAGCAACGCCAGUUGUGAUCAGUUGCUCAACUAUUUCUCCUACAUCUACCUCUGGGAACUGUUAUGCCCAUGGACGUAUCAAAUGCUUAGCAUCACAAGUCUUAGGACAUUUUCGUAAAACUGAGAAACUGAUUUUCUAGCGACGUCCAAUCAGUGAUUGCGCUUCAAAUAAGUAAGACACACCGAUGAUCAGACCCCACUCGACAGUAAUUUGCGCUCUUUUAUGACUUGUUUUUUUUUUUUUGAUCUCGCUAAAUGAAUAGAAUUUGCGAGGUAUGGUAAUGUUCUACUUUUGAAUUGUGCUUAUUUUUGUGCCUCUGACAGCUGUACUAAUAGCACCACAUGCUUUUAUAUACUAAGUUUGUUAUGAAUAUCUG